CGAUUAGCGAACGCGAACAGGCGCCGUUACUGAAGCCAGUGAGUUGCCAGGCACACGACUGCUCGUUUUCUAUCGUACGUUCGUCGCCCGUGACGCCCGUCGGCCUCCUCGCUCAGCCGCCGCUGCCCGCUGGAGCUACGCGCGCCGCCGCCGCAUGGCUCCGGCACCGCGGCAAUAUCUAUACAAGUCUUGACGAAAGUCUGCAACGCGGCCGUCCCCAAUCCUUGAAAGUUUGCAAAUUUUAGGACAUUAGCCUGCCAUAUUACCUAAGAAGAAGCAACUACCUGGUGCUGAAAAAAGGAGGAAAAAGAAAGAAAGUGAUCUGAAAAUUCUACCACUGAAAGGUUCUUUGAGUAAGUUAUUUCCAUCUUCAAGGAAUGUUGAUGUCAGUGAAGAACAAGGGCAAGAAACUACUCCCGAGCAUGUUGCGAUCUUUUUGCGAUCUUAUUUGAGCUCACAUCCAUCAGCUACUUGACAAGAUAAUCAACUGAAUUGCAAGGAGCAAUUAAAUAAAACAUAUUCCAUGUCAAUCUUCAGUAACUGCUACCUACCGCUUUGGUAUUCUACACGCACAAGCCACGACGACCUGUGUAGCUACUAAGCAAGAAGGAGAUUCUCAAAUACACACAAAGAGAUCAAAGCAGAGAAAAAUAAAAAGGAAGGGUGUAGUUAGUCGAGCAUGGAGUUGGCCACCGGGGCGAUGAGCUCUCUCGCUUCGUCAGGCGACCUUAGCUAGUUUGUCGUCCAGAUUAACGUUGGGGGAGUGGAACGCCCCCGCAUUUGACUCCAACUCUCGUGAUAAAUUUUAAUUUCCCAGAUAGAAGGCGCAAAACAGGAACAAGAAAGAAGCUUGCAAACGGGAGUCAGCGAGAGUCGGCCGGCCAUGGAGUUUGCCACGGGGGCGUUGGGCACCCUACUACCCAAGCUGGGGGAGCUGCUUCUUGAUGAGUACAACCUGCAGAAGGGAUUGAAGAAAGGGAUCAAGGACCUAAUGGAUGAGCUGCUGGUCAUACAAGCUGUACUUCUCAAGGUGUCCAACGUGCCACUAGACCAGCUUGAUCCGCAGGUCAAAAUUUGGGCAAACGAUGUCAGGGAGCUGUCCUUUGCUAUCGAGGACAGCCUCGACUCCUUUAUGGUGCGUGUCGAGGGUGUUGAGCCGACAAAGCCACACACCUUCUUCGGGUUCAUCAAGAAGACCUGUAAAAAAGUCACUAAGCUCAAGAUUCGUCGCGAAAUAGCCAAUGAUAUCAAAGACGUCAAGAUCCAAGUUAAAGAGGUGAAGGAGCGGUUUGACAGAUACAAAGAUGUUAUUGGUAAUACUAAUGCCCGAACGGAAGUCGACCCACGUCUCUUGGCCAUGUACACCAAAGUAUCUGACCUUAUUGGCAUUGAAAUGUCAACGGAUGAGCUAACAGAGAGGUUGUCUAAGGGCCAUGAUCCGUCCGGUGAAACACUCAAGGUUGUCUCUGUUGUUGGAUUCGGAGGAUUGGGCAAGACAACUCUUGCUAAAGCCGUGUAUGACAAGCUUAACAAGAAUUUUGAUUGUGGGGUUUUUGUUCCAGUGGGUCAAAAUCCAGACACAAAGAAAGUUCUCAGGGAUAUCCUCCUUGAACUUGACAGGCAGUUGUACAGAGAUGCAUCAACAAUGGAUGAAAGGCAGCUGAUCAAUCAGCUGCAGACAUUCCUAGUAGGAAAGAGGUACUUUAUUGUUAUUGAUGACAUAUGGGAUACACCAACAUGGGAGAUGAUCAAUUGUGCUUUCAUGGAUAGUCAUCCAGAAAGUAGAAUAAUCAUAACAACUCGUGAUUUUGAUGUUGCCACAAAAGCUGGUGGUAUCUACCGCAUGGAACCACUUUCUGAUGAUAACUCCAAAAUGUUAUUCUAUACGAGAACAUUUGGUGGAGAAGGAGCAAGUUCAGAUAACCAGCCUGCUGAGGUGACUAACAAAAUUUUAAAGAAAUGUGGUGGUGUGCCUUUAGCAAUCAUUACAAUAGCUAGCUUGCUUGUUGGUAAACGAUGUGAGGAUUGGUCUAAGGUGUAUGAUGCCAUUGGUUUUGGGCAUGAAGAUAACAAAGUUGUUCAUAACACAAGAAAGAUAUUGUCUUUUAGCUAUUAUGAUCUACCUUCCCAUUUGAAGAGCUGUUUAUUAUAUCUAAGUAUGUUUCCUGAAGAUAGCUUGAUUGGAAAAAGAACACUGAUUUGGAGGUGGGUCUGUGAAGGUUUUGUCGUAGAUAGAGAAGGUAUAGGGUCAUUUGAGCUCGGGGAGAUCUAUUUCAAUGAGCUAGUUAACAAAAGCAUGAUCCGGUGGAUUGAUGAAGAAAAUUACGGCCAAGGUGGUUGUCGUGUCCAUGAUAUGGUGCUCGACCUCAUCCGCACCAUAUCAAAUGAUAUAAACUUUGUUACAGUACAUGAUAUGGAGCAACAUGGCACAAGUUUGCGAGGACAACAAACAAAUAGGGUUCACAGAUUAGCACUUCACGGAAGAAGUGUGGAACACAACUCUAGCAUUGCCAUGGAACACCUGAGGUCGUUCAAUGUUGUUGGGUGCAGUGCCAACAGUAUGCCCCUGCUUUUGAGCUUUAAAGUACUGCGUGUGCUAGUUAUUGAGGACUGUGUUUUUUCAGUAGGUAGUAGUCUUGAGCAUCUUGGUAAGUUGGUGCAGCUGAGAUACCUGGGACUAGUGAAGACAGCGGUCAAGAUCCCUGAAGGAAUAGGACAUGAUCUGAAGUUUCUUGAGAUAUUGGAUGUAAGGGGAGGUUUGAUAAGUGAGCUGCCGCCAUCUGUUGGUGAGCUAAUGAAUUUGAGGUGCUUGUGGGCUGAUAAAGGUACAGUGAUGAAGGGAGAGAUAGGGAAACUGACAUGCCUUGAAGAGUUGGAGCUAUAUUCGGUGGAGAAGUGCCCAAACUUCUGCACAGAGGUCGGAAAGCUGACGACGUUAAGGGUGCUCAAGAUAUAUUUCGCUGAAAUAGAGGAGUCUGCAGGCAAGGCUCUGAUGGAAUCCCUGUGCAACCUGCACAAUAUCCAUAGUCUGACGGUCUUGGAUGAUGCUGAUGACGGCAAGUAUUCGAUUGUCCUCAAUCAUAGCUUGGAAGACUUGGCAUGUACAAAGCUGCACGAGUUAGCUCUGCUUAGCAUAGUUAUACCGAGGGUGCCAUCAUGGAUCAAUCAUUUAAGUGUUCCACUCCUUUCUCAUCUAGGGCUGCAUGUGGCUGCGGUAGAAGUUGGGGAUGUUCAAACCAUCGGCAGGUUGCCGUCGCUCCUCGUCCUUCUUCUCUGGAGUAAGGAUGAAAAGAACAUAUCAUAUACUUUUGGCAGCAAUGAGUUCCACAAGCUGAGAGUCCUGUGGACGAAGAAGAUAGAGAUUGCUGUUGGAGAAGGAGCAUUGCCGAUGCUUGAAGUGCUGGAAUACCGUGCAAGCGCUGAAAGAAAGGACGCUGCCAGCUUGGUGCCGUGGAGGAGAAAUAGCUGUCCUUUGCUGAAGUUUGUCGGGUGUUUCCUUGACUGCACUAACAGCAGCUACAGGGAAGUAAAGGAAGCGAAGCAAGCGCUGAGGCAGGCUUCCGGCACCCGUCCCAAUGCUGUGUAUCUCGAUCUCUACAUAGAAGAAGAAAACUACGACGUGGAGGCAGGUAAAUUCAUUGAUAAUCUCGAGUGGACCCUACGUGGUUUGGACAGACCCGAGGAUGUGGGCCGUGCUGCUGCACACCAGGAGGAAAGGACACGUCGCAUGAUUAGAUCACUCGAGAGAAGAUUACGUGACGCGGCAGAGCCUCGGGUCGGGAGGUACGGCCAACAAGAGAUACGUGGCCUUGUUGCCAAAUUCAAGAGAUGGCUACAUGACCAUGCAGGCACCGACCAGGAUGAGGCGGGCAAGAGUGAUGACGAUGAAGAUUAUUAUUACGGCGACGAUGACGACGGUACCGACCAAGACGACCAAGACGACGACGACGAUUACGGUACCGACCAAGCAGAGGUAGACGAUUGUGAAGCAGAGUCCACUUGCAGUGACGAUUGUAAUUAAUCUCCAGGCAGCCAACCUUGAAUCUCUUCCUUCGGUCAUGCUGUAUCGAAGGUCUGCAUGUUCAAGCCAAUGAAUCUCUCCAUUGAGGCGCUCAAUCACAGUGAGUGCCGACACUAAAUCACUCAUUAGAUUUCUAUUAUUCCGGUCACAUCGAAGCUAUUUAUUCAUUUGUUGCUCAUUAGUACAUGUAUUCUUUGUUCUUCAAUGUUUUCUAUGAAACACUAUUUUGGACAUUUGCCACUCAUUUGUCUAAACCACUCUGCAGUACAUCUCCUCGUUGAAGGAAUCAUUUACUUGCUUUCCUGUCGGCUUGUGUUAUACUAUGUCUUAUUAUUGAAGUUCUGACUUGCUUGUGUAUCUGCUGAUAAUGAAUUACAGCAUAUAUCUAGCUUUUGGUACACGAGGAUUCAAAGGGUAUCGAAGACGCGAAGGAUAGCGAAGAUUUGAAAGAUACCAAAGGAUUAGGUUUUUCUUUUUUUCGAUGGUAAUAAAUUCUACGUUAAAAAAUUGUUAAUACUACAAUAUUCCUCAACUUUUCAAGCUCGUUUGUUGAGACAGAGUAUAAUAUACACUACUCUGGUACAGAAGUACUACAUAUGGAAUUUUGUGUUUGCAACUAAGAAUGUUUCUCUUUCUAAAACUAAUGUACUGUAAAACUACAAUAAUUUAGCCGGUGGGUACAAAAUACUGUGGUUUUGAUAUAACAGAGUAUUUUGGAGUAUUGAGAAUUCCGUGGACCUUUUUAGCAAGUUUUUAUGCUCCUACGUAUUUUGAAGUAGUUUUCAAAUGUGGACAUUGCUAUCCAGUUUCAGACGUGCCGCAUUGCUAGCUAGCCAGAUGUUGCAAACUGGUGAACAGCCAUGCACAAAACACUGGCAUGCACAAGCUAGACCGGUGAAAUGUUCUGGUUACUGCAGUAGUUGUUUGUGAAGAAGUAAAAAAACUGCAGGUACUGAAUUUAGAAGUCACGCUUCUCUGUGUACUGAUACCCUGCUCUGUCUACUAGUAUAUACGCAUCGUUUGUCAUUUGUCUGAAGCAUGCAUUCCUGUCCAAAACCCAAAUGCCAGCUUUGCCUUGUGCACGCAUUCAACGACACCUGACCUAACUGCACUCUGCAUCCUUAGCUUUCAUUUGUCUGACCACUAUCUUGACAUCAGCAACAAACCAAGCUUACAUUUUUCAGAAGUGUCUUUGUUAUUUUACAGAGUGGCUUCUGCAAAUGCCAUAAGAAGCAUCUAUCUGCAGAAAAAGUGGAACCACGAUCCUGCAGCAGAAGCAGAUUACUCAACAUAUACAGUUCUUCUUCCCAGCAUAUACAGGUCGCAAACAGUAAUGACUUGUUGAUGUACAGAGAGUUUUUUUUUAUUUCGAAAAGGGGCAUUGACCCCGGCCUCUGCAUCAUCAUGAUGCACACAACCAUUGAUGUACAGAUAGUAUAACUAGCUUUUUUUUUCUGCAAGGUGUAUAACUAGCUUCUGAUCUGCUCAAAACUGGCUUGUCUUGCGUCCUUAUUGAUUUCUGAGCAUUUUCGCCUGAUUAGCCAUUGUGGAGCACGCUUGUACUUAAUUUACAUUGUCAGUCCAUGUGAAGUGUACAACUCUAGCUGGUCACAAGUAUUUAUCCAUAUAUAGAUGUUUGUGUUUGCUAAAAGAGACUUCUUGUCUGUUGAUUUCUGCAGGUGGCGGUGAUGACACUACGUGCAGCAGCUAGCAAUGGAAAUAACAUAAGUCCAUCUUCUUACUUGGGAAUGAUGGCCAAGUGAUCUCUCAAGGCAUUUCCAAAGGAGACACCUCCGUGUGCAGGUCCUUUCUGUUACUGAUGCCCUUGGUGCAUUCCUUAUCUGAAGCUUCCAUUCAUGUGCUGAGAUUAGAAUGAGCAAAAAAAAAAAGUCUGGGCUGUAGCAUACUCUGUUUUUUGCUUGUUGUUGUAAAUCUUCAAGUGUGUCCGUCUGAUUUGAGUGUGCGUCGGUAUCAAAUGGACUAACAAGGCAAGUAAGUGGUGCAAAAUGCUGAAUUUGGUCC